ACCGACAGACACACCGACCGCCCCGACCGCCCCGCGCUCACUCAGCCGGUGCACUGGUGGAGCGCUGCCCGGUGGCUCUCUGUGCUCUCUACCAGGCGUCCCUGCCGCCCUGUGCGCACACUGGACCUGUCUGGACCGAGAGGAAGGUCAAAAGGCGAAGAGACAACAAGUGGAGCUACCCGCAGACACAGGAGGGUUUUAUCCGUGCUGGACUGGGCACAAGUGGAAUCACCUGUCUGGAGGCGAUAGUAAGACUUUUAUGCAGACAAGUUAACUUUUUUCUAUUUGGAAUAAUGUGCAGUACCCGUGUGAAUCACAGCAGGUGGUUUUUUUUAAUGUGAAGAAGAAAUAGAAAACGGAACUUUUUGCACCUGAAUCCAGCAGAAGAUGCGUCUUUGCGCGUCCCGAAAGACAAAAGUGAUGUGAUGUGUUUUGGGAACUGAGUAACACAGCUGUUUGGAUGGACGAGCUCUGCAGCUGAAAGUGAGAAAAAAAGUUCCUUUAAAGUUUCACUUAAAAAAAGAAAGAAAAGUAGAAGAAUAGGACGGAGAAGCCCAGAGGAGAGAGAGGGAUAUGGAUGGUGCUGGGUCUGAAACCCGUGUGUCGGAGCAGUCUGCAGCUGGGAUGCACUGUGCAUCUGAGCCGCGACGUUUCACACCAUGAUACGGGUGCAAAACUGCACCUGACCACUACUGUCACAUACCUGAAGCCAAAUCCACAAGGAUCUACUAUGUCCUCACUACUGAUGAGGAAGCUGACUCUGUGCCAGGCCCUGACCUUUGUCCUGCUGCUGGUCGCUCCCGUCUGCCUGUCGUCCCCGCAGAGCUCUUGGAUUUCUGCGUGGGGUCCUUCCGGUGAGGCCUCAUCAGGUCGUCCGGCUCGUGCCCGGCGGCAGCUGCACUUCAGGAACGAGUGGGCGACGUGGAACGGCUGGUCUAUGUGCUCACGCAGCUGUGGGAGCGGAGCCUCAGUGAGGACACGCACCUGCAUCACCAGGAACCCAGUGGGUGGACCAUGUGCUGGAGAUCCCAGACAAUACAAGAUCUGCAACACCAAGGAAUGUCCCCCCAGCUCAGAGGAUUUCAGAGAGAUGCAGUGUGCUGCCUUCAAUGACAGACCGUUAGUGGCUGGAAACUCCUUCAGAUGGACCACCUUUCAUGGAGGCUCUAACCCCUGUGAACUGAGCUGCCUGGCCUUGGGUCACAACUUCUACUACAACUUUGGCCGUGUGCUCGAUGGCACAGCCUGCGACAAGGAGCCUGGAGCGGUGUGUGUCAACGGACGCUGCCUGAAGCCUGGCUGUGACUCCAUCUUGGGUUCAAAGCAGCAGGAGGACGCCUGCAUGGUGUGUGGAGGACAAAACACCACCUGUCUGCACCACAAGAGCGUGUACCAGAGCAACGGUCUGGAGGCAGGCGGACCUUUUGGAUACAACGAAGUGGCCAUGAUACCAGCUGGAGCCACUCACAUCCGAGUCACAGAUAACAGCAGGAAUUAUCUAGCCCUCCAGAACGGUCGCUCCCAGUUUGUGAUCAACGGUAACUGGAAGAUCAGCAUUCCAGGAGAGUACAAUGUAGCCGGGACGAAGCUGCUGUACCGGCGCUCGGCAGACACGUGGGAGAGCUUCGAGGUACCAGGACCCACCCGGGAAGACCUCCAUCUAAUGGUGCUGGCAACAGACAGCAACCCAGGUAUCGAGUACGAGUACUGGUUGCCACCAGACCAGUAUGCCCUCUACCAUGGGAGGAGGAGUCCACUGCGUCAAGCUCACCACAGUGCCAACUACCUCCCCUGGGAUGAACCCACCACAGCCACAACGAGCACCAGCACUACCACCACCCGGGCUCCUCCUGUCACCACCCGACCACACUGGUUUUUAAGGCCUGUGAAGCCGCCGCGCCAAUCGCCCCACCACAACCGCCACCAGCGCCCUCACCAGCCAAUCCUGCCCCGCCUGGAGCGGGAGGAGAACCACAGAAACCUGCUGCCUCAGCCCUCACCUGGAAAGAAUUGUGGGAAAUGUCAGCGGGUUAAAGGUCGAAGGGAACGCCAGAGACAAUAUUGCCAGAAGGACUUUGUUUUCCGGGGCAGAGUCCUUGGGAAGCUGUACAGAGGCGAAGAGACACGUUAUGACAUCCAGAUCAUCCACACCUACCGGAACGGCUACCGCCUGGAGCACCGGGAGUUCUUAUGGGCCCCUAAUUUGUGUGACUGCCCCCACCUGGAGGAAGGGAAACAGUACAUACUGAUGGUGCGCCGUCACAUUAACUAUGAGCACACUCUAAACCGCAUCCUGCUGGAGGAGGACAGCUACGUGGUGCCGUACAGACCCAGAGAGGACGAACUGCUCCGACCGCUCGAAAGACUCUGCAGCAACAGAGGACCCAAACAGCCAGCAGGACUGAGGGGAUGAGUGCAGAGACUGUGUGUGUGUGUGUGUGUGUGUGUGUGUGUGUGUGUGUGUGUGUGCGUGAGCGUGAGUGUGAGUGUGUGCGUCAGAGAAUGAAGUUCAUACUGAAACUGUAUUCACUUCCAAUUUUUCAUUUUUGGACCUUCAAAACAUCCUCGGACUCCAUGUGAUCCAUGUGAUGGUCUGAUGAAUCCCAGAGUGGCGUCACUGGAGAAAAAUGACAGUUGGAUUGUCGGCAGACAGUUUCCGCCUCAUUUGAAACUCGCCACAUUAAGAAACCAAAAAGACUCCAUGUUUAUUUAAAAGCCUGACCAGCUUACUGUACCAUAUAGAGCACUUUAGGUGGAUGCGUGUGCCCACCUUUAAACACAUACCAAAGAGAAGAACAUUGACUGAAAUGGCCUUUUUGUUAUUGCUGUUUUUCCACAACUAUCAUUUAAUUUGUUAGAUUAUGAUUAUUUUUGUGUGUGUGUGUAAACUUAAAAGGAAAAAUCCACCUCAAAACACUCAAACAGCUGCUUAAAUCCCAUCAAACACCACUUUGUCUUCUGUUUAUUUCUGGGGACACAUUGGCCCAAAUGAUUUCAUCCAUCAUCCAGCAGGUCAGUAGAGUUGGUAUAGCAACAAAUCUCUCAUUGAUCUAAGCUAUCAACAGAAAGUGUUGGUGUCAGUCCUGCAAAGUUAAGGGCCAUAACACAAACCUAAGUAUCAUUAUAUAAUGAAUGAGACUCCAGUGUUUUUAUGUUGAGGAAUAUUGAGGAUAUCAAUAUAUAUGGUAUCUGCUCUAUCUACAUCAGAAAGUAGACCAGGAUUUAAUGACUUGUAUUUAAAAUUAAAAUAAACAUUAACACAGAUUCUGCUAUCACAGGGGUUCCCAAACUUUUUCAGCUCAAGACCCAAUAGAGAAAUGUGGUGUCGGAGCCAAACUUAAAAUCAUGAAUUGCCAGAACAUCUACAUUUAUAAACUACUGAUAAAAAAUAAAGCAACAAUUUAAAUGUUACACAAAAAAACACAACUGACUUACUGUAAAAACACUGUUUCUUGGAAGUCUUUGAAGAGGAAAAAUUAUUUUGACUGGCACGGUGCUGAGAAUGCUUGUUUGGAUGACACAUUGAGGCCUCUCUAUUAACACUUUGGCCACUUUGUUUCAAUAUCAUGGACUCGAUCGAGAGUGAGGGAAUCACAGAAGUCACACUCAACCUCAGCUCAGGCAGAGAGAGCAAACACAGGGAGAAAGGACCCCCUUUGCACACAGCAUCUGAGCUAAACGGACCAUAGUAGGAAAAAGUGUUAGUUACUGGAUGUUACUCCAGUUCUAUGAGUACGUGCAUAGCCCUCCAAUUAAAACAGAAAAUGAAUUUACAUAUCAUAGCAUUGUUUUGUAUUUUACUCAAUUGGGAACCAAUAAACCAAUAAAAAUGGGACCGCAAUCCCAUUUUGGUUCCCCAAAUUCAACUCAUCAUUAUCUUUCAAACAGCACAUGUAACUGCAGAUACAUGCAACACGUUCAGGUACAUUUUCUGUAGUGGGGGUUCUUUGAAAGGCAUCUUGGAAAUGUAGGAAAGCAGAAUUAAAUAGUGGAAAAAUGGAUUUGCAAAACACCAAAUUAUUAUUAUUAAUCAGGAUAAAGAGGUGGAUUUUUCCUUUAGUUUUAACUCAAGCUAUAGUAACAACAUAUUGCUUCACAAUGUAUUUAUGUAUAACAAAAUAAGCUUAAACCAUAACACAUUACCUGCGUGUCACCUGUUUAACAUCUUUCACAGUGUCUGUUUUGCUCCUUUGUGGUAUUAAUUUUUUUUAAUAGUGUGUUAAAUCAGGUCUGCUUUGUGAUACUUUAUGUGAAAGAGAUUAUGAAAUAUAUACAGUAUUUUAUUGUGAGGCACUGAUUAGCUACAAAUAUACUAAAGUAUAAUUUGACUAUAAUUGUUUUGAGAAAACUAUGCAGUCUGUUAAAUAGUCAGCUUACUUCUGUGCCUCGCGUUAUGAACUCGCGAUUUGAAAUAUAACAUUUUCUCUCAAACCUCAUCUACAUGUGCCAAAAGAGUUUCUUUGUAUAUUUGUCUGUAGUGUGUUUGGAUGAUAAUGAUCCAUUCUUCUUAAUGUAAACUAACGUAAGCCAACCAUUGCAAUAUCAUUUGGAAUUAAAGCUGACUACACAAGUGUUUUUAUCAUACUGCACACAGUUUAACAAACCAGACAUGAGAACAGCAGCGUUUGUAAGAAAACAAUGUAUUUACAAAACAAGCUUCACAUCUACAACAAAGGAAACACUACAUGAAACUGCAGAUAAUAUAACUAUAUACAUAUAUAUUCCUUGACAGAGCCAGAUUACUGCUCAUUAACUGUGGGGAGUCAUCACAGACACUCGGCUCGGUGUCCCUUCAGUAGAGGGGACAGAUCUAGAAACCAGUCCCAGGUUUCCACACACCAACAUCAACAUGGGGGAGCUACUUUAGAGUCACAACACAGUUCACCUCAGCGUCUUGCAGACACGACUACUUCAUCUGAAGGCAUGAGACAGAGAGCUUCUAUCCCUUCUGGAAGUCAGUUUUAGAAUAUUUUUGUUUUUUGAGCACUCUUGGUUUCAAUUUUUUUAAGUUUGCUUAAUAGCGUAACAUAUGCAAAACAAAAUGUAAACAAGAAUCAAUCCAAUCUGGACAUUUUAAAUGAAUUUAGAAGUGAAUGAUGUACUGUAAAGCAACAUAAUGCGAGCAUGCAACUUGUUCAUCUUUGUAAGUCAAACGCAAAGUAUCUUUUGCCCCAGUUUAAGAAAUCUGUGUGAAAGCGUUGAACUUUGAAGAACAUCAUACAUUUCUGAUUAGCUGCCUCUCAGUCGCCUCUGGCAGACCUUCUGUCACUGAGCAUUUAAAAAGCAAUCCUGUGAAAAGAUGCAGAGAAAAUACUGAAAGUGAAUCUGUUAUUCCCACAAUCCUGGACAUUUCAGGGUUUAUUUUAAUACAUGUCUUUCUUUGGCUUUUGGCUGGACAUAACAACCAACCCCAAAGCUGCCUCAUUGACAGGUAUAAAGGACAAAGUUCAUAAUUUAAUGUCAGGAUGCAAUUAAAUUUGUUCUGUCUGUACAAUUUCUGGUUUGUGACUGUUAGCACUAAAUGAAAUAAAGUUAAUGCUAUUAUACGACGUAA